AUGAUUUCCAAUCGUAACGUUCGUGUGAUUGUGUCUGUAUUUGCAAUCUUUGCAGUGAUUAUAUUUUUUGCUACGUCGCAGAGUUCAUUUGGUAAUUCAGUUCAAAGAGUCAAUACACCUAGUAAUGGAGAUGCUAUUUUCCAGCAUGAACAAGAGUCAAAUACUCUACAAGGAAAGCCAUAUGAGGGCAAACAGCCACCAUACUCACAGGAGGACAAAAAGGUGCCGGGUAAACAAGAAAGUGGUGGAAAAGAUAGUAAGAUUAUUGCUGAUAAGAGCGCCGGCGAGAAAUCAAACCAGAACAAAAUCGGCGAUAAUGACAACAAAAAUGCGGCCGAUAAAGGUAUAGACAAGGGUACUAGUGGAGGAAGUGCAGAUACUUGUAAUCAAGUUGAUUAUGUGGUGAUGAUCGACGCAGGAUCAACGGGAUCGCGUGUCCAUGUGUACGAAUUCGACACCUGUAAAUCACCACCGGUAUUGUUGAGUGAGAAAUUCGAGAUGUUGAAGCCAGGGUUAUCGCAAUUCGAUACUGAUACUAAGGGUGCGGCUGCUUCGUUGGACCCAUUGUUGAAAAUAGCCAUGGAUACGGUUCCAAAGGCCAAGCAAGGUUGUACACCAGUUGCAGUUAAGGCCACGGCUGGGUUGAGAUUGUUGGGAGAAGAAAAGUCGAAGAAUACUUUGGCAGAAGUCAGACGUCACUUGGAAGAAGAUUAUCCAUUUGCUGUUGUCCAAGACGAAGGAGUUUCUAUCAUGGACGGUAAAGACGAAGGAGUAUAUGCCUGGAUUACCACCAAUUACUUAUUGGGUAAUAUUGGAAGUUCUGAGAAGCUUCCAACUGCUGCCGUGUUCGAUUUGGGGGGUGGAUCUACCCAAAUUGUAUUUGAGCCAGAAUUCGGCAACAAUGAACAAAUGGUUGACGGCGAAUACAAGUACCAAUUUACCUUUGGUGACAGAGAGUUCACCUUAUACCAGUUCUCACAUUUAGGAUUCGGUUUGAUGCAAGGAAGAAAUAAGAUUAACGGGUUAGUGGUUGAAUCAAAGUUGAAGGAUAACAAAGAAUUAGCCAAUGCUAAGUUUAGUUCAGAAAAAGCCAUGAAGGAUGCCAAGGCCACGGUGACUAUCACCAACCCAUGUAUUGCUCCUGGUGUAACUGCCGAAAACGUUCAAGUUAAAAUGGGUGAGGAAGAGUUUUAUCUUGUCAACAUGAAGGGUCCAUCGGUGGCUGCGGGUGCCCAAUGUCGUUUCCUUGCUGAAAAAGUGUUGAACAAGGACGCGGAAUGUACUACCAAGCCAUGCUCAUUUAAUGGUGUCCAUCAACCAUCGUUGACCAAGACCUUCAGAAAGUCGUCUGACAUGUACGUUUUCUCAUACUUCUACGACAGAACCAACCCGUUAGGCUUCCCAUCGUCUUUCACAGUUGAAGAAUUAUCUGAAUUGGCCAAGGUCGUAUGUAAGGGUGACGAACUCUGGAAAGAUGUAUUAUUAGAUGACCACGUCAAGGAAUUAAACGAAGAACCUCACUGGUGUUUAGAUUUAUCCUUCAUUACUGCCAUGUUGCACACCGGUUAUGAUAUCCCAUUCCACAGAGAAUUAAGAACUGCAGAGAAGAUAGACAACAAUGAAUUAGGCUGGUGCUUAGGUGCUUCAUUACCUUUAUUAGAUAAGACUAAUUCAAAAUGGAAAUGUAGAGUUGAGCAAGUUAAUUAA